AUGUCCGGUCACGGCUACUUAUUUAUCUCCAAUAUCUCUGGAGAAAGUAUUGGGGCGUCACGAUUCUCCUCCAUCGCAGUGUAUUUGGCCUUGAUCGUGGGUGGUACUACUUUGGGAUCGACAGUCAAGGGUACUGAUGCGACGAUACCACAUAGUUGUACGUUCGAAUCGAGUAGUUUAGAUGCUGUUGCGAAAGCCAGUUGUCCUCCAGCCGAAGUUCCGGAAAGAAUCAAACCAGGUUUCGGGAUUUUGGACUCGUUUUUGCCGGAGAAAACAUCGCUAGCUUUGCUACAAGUAAGUUUCAUUCAUGGGAAGGUCAUGCUGCGGCUCGUUGUAAUGGAUCUUACCCAUUUUGCUACUUGGACACAAUCUUCAAGACCUGUAGGCCACGGAUGUUCUGGAGCGAGGCGAUAUUCGACCGAGAUGAAGGGCAUUGAAGAGUGUUCUACCAUAAACCGCACGAUAGUUGUAAUCGGCCUUAAGAUUCUUCUGGGAGCUAGUGCUGACCAGACCACAGGCGAUAACACCGGAGCGAAUAUCGUCCACUCCAUCUUCGACAAUAUCAACCGGCAGCACAAGGGCGUCGAACAGGCUCGUGAGUUACUUGGCCACAUCGAUACUCGCCUUCUCUCCAGUUUGUUCACCCUUUACGCCCACACCAUUGGCAUCUCAAUCGUGCUUUAUCAUGAGGAAGUCCUUAGGCUAAUGCUCGAGUUUAGCAAGGGCGAAGGCGAUACGCCCAUGCAUUCCACUGUUUGGCGCAAUGCUGACGCGCUCCUUCGCAUCAUGCUCGAAUGUCGUCACGACCUUCUUUUCCGCGAAAAUGCAUCGGGACGUACGCCGUUCGAGAUGGCCGAGGAUACAUACCUAGCCAACGAUGUCUCCAGCUACCCUCUCCACGGACAAUCAAAGAUGAGCGUGCUUAAACGAAAUCCGAAGACUUUCAUCGAAGAUCCUGAAGAUGAUCGCUCGGGUGAGAGGGUGUUACAAGUCUGCAAGGAGUUUGCAGACAAGAGCGACGGAAAAAAGAGGAAGCUCAGUAGUUCUGCGAAGGAUGAGGAUGAAAAGGACGAAAAGGACGACAAGGAUGAAAAGGAUGACAAGGAUGACAAGGAUGACAAGGACGAAAAGGACGAAACGGACGAAAAGGACGACAAGGACGAGGAUGAAGAGCGUGUUGCAGGCGACGAGGUCAACGCCUGGUUUCAAGAGGCGAUCUGUGCCGAUCACUAA